AUGGCGACCAACGUCAACGCCGAGGCGCUCAAGGAGUCGCCCAUCCCCGAUGCGAUCGAGAAGCACGCUGCCUCCAAGCAGACAGUGGACCCAUACAAUGUCCAAGGCGAAGUGGGCGAGGAUGGCGUUGUCAAAGCCAUCGAUUACAACAAGUUGAUCGAGGAGUUCGGCACCAAGAAGAUCGACCAGGCCCUGCUCGAUCGCCUCGAGAGGGUCACCGGCAAGAAGCCCCAUCGCUUCCUCAGGAGAGGCAUUGUCUUCUCCCACCGCGAUCUUGAGCUUAUCCUCGACCGCUAUGAGAAGGGCGAGCCCUUUUACCUCUAUACCGGCCGCGGCCCUUCCUCCGACAGUGUCCACGUUGGCCACACCAUUCCCUUCGAGUUCACAAAAUGGCUUCAAGAUACCUUUGAUGUUCCUCUGGUCAUCAUGAUGACCGACGACGAAAAGUAUCUCUUUUCCGACAAGAGAACGAUUGAGGAGGUUGAGGGCUACUGCAGCAACAACGCCAAGGACAUCAUCGCCGUCGGCUUCGAUCCCAACAAGACUUUCAUCUUCAGCGAUUUCCAGUAUAUGGGCGGCGCCUUCUACAAGAACGUUGUGCGCCUGUCCAAGCACAUCACUCUUAACCAGGCCCGCGCCAUCUUCGGCUUCAACGACAGCACCAACAUUGGUCGCAUUCACUUCGGCAGUAUCCAGGGUGCCAGCAGUUGGGCGUCGUCCUUCCCCCACAUCUUCGGCGAAGAUGAAUCCAAGACCGUCGCCAUUCCCUGUCUCAUUCCCUGCGCCAUUGAUCAGGAUCCCUACUUCAGAAUGACUAGAGAUGUCUCCGCUCGUUUGAAGUACAAGAACUCCAACAUCUCGUACGCGAAGCCGGCCCUCAUCCACUCCCGUUUCCUUGAUGCUCUGCAGGGCCCCGGCACAAAGAUGUCCGCUUCUGUCGACGAGUCUGCUAUUUUCAUGAGAGAUACCCCCAAUCAAAUCAAGAACAAAAUCAACAAAUAUGCCUUCUCGGGUGGAAAGGUCACCGUUGAGGAGCACCGCGAGAAAGGAGGUGACACUAACGUCGACGUUGCCUACCAGUACUUGCGCUUCUUCCUUGAAGAUGACGAGGAGCUGGAGAAGAUUCGCGUCGCCUACGAAUCUGGUGAAAUGUUGACUGGUGAUCUCAAAGCAAUCUGCAUCAAGGAGCUUCAAACAUAUGUCGCCGCUUUCCAGGAAAGGAGAGCCAAGGUCGACGACGAGGCUGUCAAGCUUUUCAUGACGACACGCCCUCUUAAGUGGAAUGGAAACCCGCGCGCCCCUGUUGUGGUGCCUCAGGUGCAAAACGCUGAUGGGGAGGCGGCCGCUGAGGGCGGAGAUGGAAAGUUGACCAAGAACCAGCUCAAGAAGCUCGAGAAGCAGAAGCAAAUAGAGGCCAAGAAGGCUCAGAAGGCUAAGGAGAAGGAGGAGAAAGACAAGGCGGCUGCCCAGCCUUAAAGGAAAGAAAGAAAGAAGAAAAAAAGAAAGGAGACAGCAAAGGAGGAGAUUCCUGAAUUGAAAUUCGUAUCAACCG